GAUGAAUUUUACCCGCAAGUGAAGCGCGUGUUGAAGAAGCCUGGCGGCGUGAUUGCGCUGUGGGGGUACACGACUAGCAGCGUAGAUCCAGCAAUGGACGCCGUUUUUGAGCGGUUAUUUCAGAGAGCUUUACCGUUUUCUCAUCCAGGUGUGAAAGUGGCGGUGGACAAGUUAGAGACCAUUCCGUUUCCGUUCACACCAGUAGACACAAUAAAACUGGAGAUUGAAGAGCAGAGGAGUUUUGAUGAGUAUAUAGGAGUUUUCAGAACGUCGUCUGCAUUGGUGGGCAGGGAAGAAAUCUUGGAGGAGUUUUUACCAGAAUUUGAGGCGGCAUGGGGAGCUCCGCUUCAUGUGACCAGGGCUGUAAAGUAUCCGCUCUGCUUAAAGGUUGGGAAGGUUUGAAACAAAGCAAAGAUUCUGUUAGUAGACGGUGGAUGAUUCACAGGUGUCCUGGGAAUUUUAAUAUGCUUUUAAGUGUCUUAUUACAUGUUAAUGCAAUUGUUCAGUGAAAUUUGUUAGGCUACUAUCAGGGUUUAAAUAUGACGGUGACAGUGAGAUGGCUGUCUCUGAGACUUUUUACUCAAAUCAUAAUAAAAAGGGGUGAAGUUUCUUUUGGAGUCUUUUUAUUUUA